AUGUCUGCCCAAGAACUCACCCCCCCAAAGCGGUUCAUCACCGAGAACAAUGCAGAGGGCAAGGCCGUUUUCAGCACCCAAAUCCCUGAGCAGCUGCCGGCCAGGGUCAUUGAAUGCGGAGACAAGUUCUUCCUCGGCUACACCACAAACGAGCGACCCGUUGACAUCAACGGCAACAAGGACGUCGACACAUACAGCGAAUACUUGACCAACGAGCCGGGCAUCGUUAUCCCCGGCGGGACCGUGCUACGCUUUGUCGAUAUCCGCCCCGGCGGCGUGUCCCCGAUGCACCGGACGGUGAGCCUCGAUUACGGCGUCGUGGUGGAGGGUCAGGUCAUCAUCCGGCUCGACUCGGGCGAGAGCCGGCUGAUGCAGCGCGGAGACGUGACGAUCCAGCGCGGAACGAUGCACGAGUGGGAAAACGCGAGCAAGACGGAAUGGGCGAGGAUGAUGUAUGUGCUCCAGGACAGCAAGCCGUUGAUUGCUGGAGGCAAGCCGUUGGGUGAGGAAUACGGCGUAGGUAUGGGAGAGGUGCGUCCUUCGGGCAACUAAGAAUGAGCUGGGUGCUGGGGGCCACCAUAUUAGGCGUUGCUGGGGAUGACCAAGCGGGCCGCAGUAGACAGACACACUCGGGAGUCGAAACAUGCUCAAGUUAGACGCCGGAAAUUGGAAAUGCAAAUAGAGGCUUUCCUGUGCCAGACCAUAAUUAAUAGCGUCAACUCGCAAAUGAGGCUGAACCUGUUGUAAUGAGGUCCAG